AUGGCUUCAAAACCACCACCACUGUCCCUCCUCUUCAUUGCUCUCUCCAUGCUCUCUUCCACCACCACCACCAUCAGCUCCGGCCCCGGUAUCGCCAUCUACUGGGGCCAAAACGGCAAAGAAGGCACCUUACAACAAGCAUGCGCCACAAACAACUACAAAAUCGUAAUCCUCGCAUUUCUUACCGUCUUUGGCAGCGGCCGAACUCCGAAAUGGAACUUUGCCGGCCACUGUGGCGAUUGGAGCCCCUGCACCAAACUAGCCCCACAAAUCCACUACUGCCAGAGCCAAAACAUCAAGGUGUUCCUCUCCCUCGGCGGCGGCAUCGGACACUACUCUCUCUCCUCGCCGCAAGACGCUAGGGAAGUUGCGCUCUAUCUUUUUGAAAGCUUCCUCAGUGGCCAACACGGACCACUGGGAACCGUGGCAUUAGAUGGCAUUGACUUUGACAUCGAAGAAGGGUCAAAUCUUUUCUACGAUGACUUAGUCAAAGCCAUCAAUGCAUUCUCCACAAAGGAGAAAAGAAUUUACCUAUCUGCGGCGCCGCAAUGUCCGUACCCAGAUCACUACCUCGAUAAAGCAAUCAAAACUGGAUUAUUUGAUUAUAUUUGGGUUCAAUUCUAUAACAACCCUCCAUGCCAAUACUCAAAUGGAAACCCUAAGAAACUUUUCGAGUAUUGGGACACGUGGACAUCGUCGGUUUUGCCGAAUAACACUGUCCUUUUGGGGCUUCCGGCGGCGCCUCAUGCUGCCGGAAGUGGGUUCGUAGCUGCUGAGGUUGUGGCGGAUGAAAUUCUUCCGCACAUAAGACAUGGUUCAAACUAUGGAGGGGUUAUGCUUUGGAGCAGAUACUAUGAUGUUCAAACCAACUUCAGUGAGAAGAUUAAGGGUAGCUUGAUGAUGAGAUCUGCGUUGAAGUUAGUGAAAGCAAUUGGAGAUGCAAUAUAUGAAGGCCUGUUUUCCAUUUUGAACCGUCCUUAUGUGCCUAAAUCUGCUUCACUUAGGGCUGAUGUUUGA